AUUGUUUAGUCAUUGUUCGAUUCUCAACAACACUGCAUAGCAUUAUGGAGAAAUUUUCAUUUAGAAUUUCAGUUUUUCAUUAUGUGUGUGUGUGAAAAGCAGCUGGUCUGCUUCGUUAGUUCAAUAGCAAUCAGAAAAUAUUAACUGUCAAUUUGUGUUCGCUGAACAAAUGUGAUAAUGCAAAAUUCCACAAAAUUUUCACUACGCAAACGAUAUCGAACUAUUGUUAAAUAACAAGAAGUUAAUAAAGUGCAAAAGGCACUUUCCUGCCCCCAAGUUUCUUGCCCAAAGAUUUUCUCAGUGACAAGUGUUUUUACAAAGGAAAGGAUCCUAACAGAAAAAAAUCAUAAGGGAAUUAAAAUAGUUUUGACUUUCAAGAAAUCUUCACCAUGAGGGGUUCAAAGAAAGAAUGGAUGUUUAGAGUUCAGGUGACUGGUCUGGCGAAAAACGAAAAUGUCUACGUAGUGGGCAACGUUCCUGAAUUAGGAUCUUGGAAUCAUACUGAAGCUAUUCCGCUUCAGUCAGAAAAUAGUCAUUCAAAUUCACCAGAACUGUCCGAAAAUAACGAUGGAGGAUCGUUAGGAGACACGAACAAUGAUCAAAAUUCAUCGCGAGAUAAUUUACUUAACGAACCUGACGAAGGACAAAUAUUUUCGCAAACUAUCGAAUUGCCAACCGAUGUAAAUGUGGAUUUUCGUUAUUUCAUUGCCGUUGUUUGCCAAUUAAAUGAAGUCAAGAAUCCAGCACAGACACUUAUUAUUCGCAAAUGGGAAACUCACAUGACGCCUAGACUGAUUAAAAAAGACAAACUUAGCAACAUAGCAGAAAACUCCUUGCCAGAACCAGAUCAGUUUGGAUACAACAAUGGAUACUUUAAAAUAGAAAACGGAUGGUUAACCGAAGAGACCGUCAUUCAAUUCAAAGUAUUCAAUAAUCCAAUAAAAGUCUGGAAAAAUCGUUUACAAAAUAGAAAAGUUCACAUCAAAAUGACACCCGUCAAUUUGGUGAAACAUAAUUCCCUCGAGAUGCAACACCUAGAAGGAGAGUGUGUGGACGACAGUCUCUCAAUGGAUACACAAGACAUUGUGGAUCACCCUGCAUUCAGUAUUACAGAAAUUGCUGCGAUGAAUGACGAAGAAGCUCACUUCAAGUACCAAGAGCAAUUUGGUCGCGAGUACAGUGAAGACGAUUUUGUCGUAUUCAAUGUGGCUGUUCGUUAUCCUGAGAUAAUUGCAUAUUUAGUAGAUUACUAUGUGUACAAUUCAAGAUGUCCUGACGAACCACCGAAUCACAUUGGCUUCAGCUACAUUUUACCAUCUACCAUACAAUCUAGUGUUGGAAUUAUAACCGUGCCAAUUACCAGCACAAAACACAGACCAAUAGGACAACUAACAGUGGAAUACGUAACUAUAAGGCCGAUCGCAGACCAAACGUGGGACAUGAGUAUUUCUUAUGCGAAACACUGGGAAAAACGAUGGUCGGGAUUGGACGUUGGCCACAGGGGUUUAGGAACAUCAUUCAAAUUUGAAAUGAAGAACUGCGCAAAUGUUCGUGAGAAUACGAUCGCAUCUCUAAAGACUGCUGCGUAUCACGGUGCAGAUAUGGUGGAAUUCGAUGUCCAAUUAUCAAAGGAUUUCAUCCCCGUCAUCUAUCACGAUUUUUAUGUAUCAAUUUCACUAAAACGGAAGAAGCAAAUAGAGGCUAUGGACAUGCUUGAAAUACCCGUUAAGGACCUUACUUUAGAGCAACUACAUCUUCUUAAAGUCUACCACUUGGCGGAAGCUCGAGAAAAGGCUGCCAAAUUUUUCGACGAAGAUCUCGAAGAUCAUCAACCGUUUCCAACUCUUCAAUCUGUACUUCAAGUACUUGAACAACACGUCGGUUGUAAUAUUGAAAUAAAAUGGACAAUGCAAUUAAAGGAUGGCACUUUUGAAUUGAAUCAUCCUUUCGAUUUGAAUGUAUACUUGGACAUUAUUCUCAAAGUUGUUCUAGAAUAUGGUUGCGAAAGAAAAAUAGUCUUCUCAUCAUUCAAUCCGGAUAUUUGUGCAAUGAUAAGACUCAAACAAAACAAAUAUCCUGUUGUUUUUCUAACGCAAGGAGUAACAGCUAAAUAUCCAAUGUACCACGACACGAGAUGUCAAACAAUACCAAUGGCCGUGAGACAUGCUUUGGCAGCCGAUAUUUUAGGAAUUAAUGUACACACUGAGGACAUUCUACGAGAUCCUUCUCAGGUGAAAUUAGUGAGAAACGCUGGACUAAUAAUCUUUUGUUGGGGGGAUGAUAACAAUGAUAAGGACACAAUUCAACAUUUAAAGAGACUUGGUCUACACGGCGUUAUUUACGAUAAAAUUGAUGAAUACAACGCGAAGGAAGUGAAAGAGAGUAUAUUUUUAGUAGACGCUAGGGAAAGUCAAAAGGAGUUAAUCGCUGUGGCAAGUUGCACUCAAACUACUGGACUACCACAAUCUAUAAUGCCCGGACCAAUUAAUCCCGAAAAUAAACAAGAGCAGGACAAGGAGAUUGGAGACCUGACAAAGAAUCUGAGCGUAUGUGCGAAAACAUUUGGUCAAUCGACAAAAACGAAAAGCACGGAAAUUGUUGGGAACCAAACGAAUGAUUUUAGCGAAAUUUACACAGAUAAAGAGACAGCGAAAGAUUGUCUUUGAUGUUUCUCUUCUUAAAAUUUGUUAUUUUAGUACAAGAUAUAUUCUUUUUUCUUCUCAAUAGAACGUGAAGAUUCAAUAGAUACAAAUGAAUCAAUGCCUAGAGUUACAAUAAUUAGCGUGGACUUUUAAGUCGACAAUUAAAUUUUUCCUUUCGAAUUGAUAAUAACAGUAAUCACUUCUAAUAAAAAUUAUUCGCAAUAAAUAGAAAAAUCGGAAAUGAUGAAGUGACCAAAUCUUAAAAAUUAUUUUCUUCAAACGAAUGUAUAAAAGAUUUGUGUAUUUCUUUGAAACGAAAGGAAAAUUGAAAAAUUUAUCUUAGAAAAUAAUAUUCUUGAUUAGAUUAAAAUUGCGGUGAAGGAUACUAAAUUUUAAAUUAAUAAGUUCUUUCCUUUAUUUUGUUUUCUCUUUUUUUCCAGAAAAGAAAGAUAAGAAUAAUUUUUUAAAAAAUGAUUUUAAAUAUAUAAAUUUAAAAAAUAGAAAAUCUAU